AUGUUUGGAAUUUCAUCAAUCUACAUUUUGGAUUAGAAAGGAAGAGUCUUGAUUACAAGGUAAUACAGAAAUGAAUUGCCGAUGAAUAUUCAUGAAACAUUUAAUAAAAAAUUAUUGGAGUUUGACGAAUAUACUCAAAAGCCUGUAAUGAUAGACAAGGAUGGAUAUACUUACAUAUUUAUAAGGCACAACAAUCUAAUAUUUAUGACUGUUUGUUCUCAAAAUGCUAAUUGUCUAAUGAUUUUUUCAUUUUUAUUCAGAUUGGUAUAAGUGUUAUAGGAAUAUUUUGUAAAUGUUGAAGAAGAGUCAAUCAGAGAUAAUUUUGUAGUUGUUUAUGAAUUGUUAGAUGAAAUGCUUGAUAAUGGAUAUCCAUAAACAACAGAAUUUAAAAUUCUGAAGGAAUUCAUAAAAACAGAGAGUUUUUAAUUGAAAGAGAAGAAAUAACCAGAGUAAAGUAAUUUUAAUGUUGUUGCAUUGGUUUCUAAUAAGAUAUCAUGGAGAAAGGAGGGGAUUAAGUAUAAAAAAAAUGAAGUUUUUUUGGACGUAAUUGAGAAAUUGAAUAUGUUAAUUGGGCAACAAGGAAAUGUAAUAAAGAGUGAGAUUAUAGGAUAAGUGUAAGUGAAGUGUAUGUUGAGUGGAAUGCCUGAAUUGAAGCUAGGUUUGAAUGACAAAGCAUUUUUUGAAGCACAAGGUCGUUAAUCCAGAUCAAGGGCAGUUGAAUUUGAUGAUAUUAAGUUUCAUUAAUGUGUGAGACUAUCGAAAUUUGAAAAUGAAAGAGUUAUUUAAUUUACACCUCCAGAUGGUGAUUUCGAAUUGAUAUCCUAUAGAUUGGAUAUAAGAGUAAAACCACUAUUUUCUGUGGAUGUACUGAUUGAGAGGAAAUCAGCAACAAAGAUAGAAUUCUUAGUUAAAGCCAAAUCUAAUUUCAAGCCUAAGAGUACAGCAAACAAUGUUGAAGUAACACAUUUCAUUCUAUAUUUAGAUAUUUGUACCAGUGCCUGAUGAUGCAGAGUAACCUCAAUUUAGAACUGCUCACGGUUCUGUUAACUAUAUGCCCGAUAAAGAAGCGAUGUGUUGGAGUAUUAAAUAAUUUGGAGGUCAGAGAGACUUUAUGAUGAAUGCUGUAUUCCAUCUCCCAACGUAUAUAUACAUAUCAAAUUAAAUAUAGAAUCGUAUCACCAAAUAGAGAUAAAUUUUAGAAGAUGCCUAUAAAUAUCACAUUUGAAAUCCCUUACUUUACUGUCUCUGGUUUUUAAGUCAGAUAUUUAAAGAUUCAAGAUAAAAGUGGAUAUAAUGCUUUGCCAUGGGUGAGAUACAUUACAUAAAAUGGAGAAUAUUAGAUUAGAAUGAAUUGA